AUGAGUGUUCCAAGCUGGUUCGCCGAAGUGGUUUCGCCCUUCUUUGAUGAACCCUACCAUCGACCGACACCUGCCAACCUCGAAUCAUUGAUUCAACUUCUUCUGCCUCCAGUCGUUGGAUAUUUCCUGGCCGCAUUAAUUGCGUGUCUCCCCACAAGCACGCGUCUCAUCCGACUUCUUCUGGUUUUGCCUAUCGUGCUAUUGGCAUGUCGGGCAGCGGCUCAACUGGAUUUUGCACACCCCUUUCACGACGACAGAAUGAUCUAUUUGAAUCAAGCAUUGCUGUUGGCAAUGACUGCAAUAAGUAUGCGGGUUAUGACAUGGGGUCUCGUCGGAGCACCGUACCGCAAGACAUUUGAAGUUUCGGGCACAAAGCAUACCCGUACUUGGAAGUUGAUGAUAGACGCUGUAGACCUUGCUAUUGGUUCGCGUGAGAUUGGAUGGAACCACACGAAAGGUCUAUACAUCCCCGCACAAGCACGACCGACAUCAAAUGAGCGUGUAUUCAUCCUAUAUACACUCACGUCCCUCAUUACCCAUCUGCUCGUAUUUGACUCUGUCCACUAUCACCUCCAGAGUUUCACAUCUUUCAAUCUGGCAUGUCCACAAGGUUCAGGUAUCUACAACCACGAAUUGCCCCCUCUCCAGCGAUACGCACUCUCCAGUUAUAUCACCUUCCUUGCAGGGAUCGUCGUAUACGGCGCCAUGCAAGUCGCCUAUGGCAUGAUGACCAUCGUAUGCAUCACCCUCUUUCAACAGAAUCCCUCUCAAUGGCCACCGCUAUUUGAUCCACCAUGGAAAGCAACCUCCAUCAGAAAUUUCUGGGCGAAACACUGGCACCAAGCUUUUCGAGGGCCCUUCAUCUCCCUCGGUGCAGUCCCUGGAUCUUACCUUUUCGGACGGGCUGGAGGCGUCAUUGGCGCCUUUUUUGUAUCUGGUGUCCUCCAUUACCUCGCUUUAUGGGGUAUGGGCAGAGGUUCGGAUUGGAGAGCGAUUGGCUUCUUUCUUGCUAUGGCUCUCGGCAUCAUUCUGGAAGAUUUGUGGAAGCGAGCAUCAGGUCGACGAGUUGCCGGCGUAUUCGGAUGGAUAUGGACGUGUGUUUGGACUGUUGGAUGGGGAAAUAUCUUAGUCGAUGCGUGGGCGAGAAAAGGUCUGAUUGCUACCAAGUUAUAUCCUGAGGGUUAUCGCCCUGCUGAGCGUAUCUUUGGGCCUCUUGCAAACGCAUCUUGUUGA